UCAGGAGCGGAGCAGCAAAGUUUGCAGAGCCAGGACGGCGUUGCCUAGCAGCUGCGGGAGGACUCUGACUACUUCACGUUCGCUUUUUUACCGGACUUUCCCCUUUCCUCCUCCUACCAUCUGAAAUUUUAUUUAUUUAAAAGAAUUUCGAAAAGUCUCGACACCAAACAUGUCCUACACCGUGACACUGAAGGGACCCUCUCCGUGGGGGUUUCGCCUGGUGGGAGGACGGGAUUUUAGCACACCGUUAACCAUCUCCAGGAUAACAUCUGGCAGCAAGGCGGCCCAGGGUGACCUGUGUCCGGGUGACACCAUUUUGGCUAUCAAUGGUGACAGCACAGAGUUCAUGACUCAUAUGGAGGCUCAGAACAAGAUCAAAACAUGCACUCAGGAGCUCACACUCAUCAUCAGCAGAUCGGGAUCUGGAGAGAGAGUGUGGUCACCAACUGUCAGCGAAGAUGGAAAGAUUAGUCCGUACGCCGAGCCUGAUGCACAGAAUUUCCGUCCCAUCACCAGCAGUUCUGGCAACUACGGUCGUAAACCUUCAUACACCUCUGACCCGCAGUCCCCUGUCACUCCUCAGCCCACUCACCUGAAUAAUGGACACACCAGACCCAACAACGGCCACAGCUAUGGAUAUGGGAACGGAACUGGGCAUGCUCAGUACAACAACCCAGCUGGGCUUUAUGCUCAUAAUGGCAGCAACGAGGACAGAUCCCUGCCAGGCAAGAUGGGGGGUCUCAGCCUGAGCGCCACACACAGUCCAGAGCCUCCUCCGCAGUCCCCAGUGAGCCGUAAUGGUUUCGACCCCCAGUCAGAUGUCUACAAGAUGCUUCAGGACUAUGAAGAGCCAGUCUCUGCACCCAAACAGUCUGGCUCCUUCAAAUACCUCCAGGAGAUCCUGGACGCCGAGGACGGAGGUUUGUCACCAACAGAAAGAAUGAGAAGCUUAAGAUCUCCGGUCAGGUCUCCCAUACCAAAGCUGGGCAGCCCGAUCCCCAGCCCCAUGUCUGGUCUGCAGAAGCUCCCGCAGUGCUCACGCUGCUGUAACGGCAUUGUUGGCACCAUCGUAAAGGCCCGGGACAAACUCUACCACCCAGACUGCUUCAUGUGUGACGACUGCGGCAUCAACCUGAAGCAGAGAGGCUACUUCUUUAUCGAGGACAGUCUGUACUGCGAGACCCACGCCAAGGCUCGCGUCCAGCCGCCUGAGGGCUACGACGUGGUCGCCGUGUAUCCUAACUCCAAGGUGGAGCUGGUCUAAGAGGAGGAGACUGGCUUCAUCUGUAGGGGAAACGGGGAAACCAAAAUCUAGUGGCGUGAGGAGCUGAGUGUCGUAGCCAGCUGUGAUCAGGCUCUGUCGCGUACGACUGCUGAUGUUGGAUCAGUUUUACCUCCCUUGGUGGGAGGGAGUGGUAUGAAAUUUCCAUGAUCCCAGAUCAGUACUCUCACUCUGACAGGUUUGAUAAAUGCUGUGCAUAUUGAAAUUUGUAAGUUGAGGCCUGGAAUUGAAGAAUCUUCAAAACCAUUCAUUUUAAACUCCAUUAUUCAUCAUUCAUUGAUUCGUGUUUUAACCUAAUCCAAGAAAACAAAAUCACUUGCUCUCAUAUACAAAGAACUGUGUUCACAUGCUUCCAGAUCACAGACAGCAGUCUAAUAUUUAAUGUCAUUUAUAAAACUCACAAUGCACAUUUAAAAGAUGAGACAAAAACUAAAACUGCUUUUAAGAAAUACUUCCGUUUUCUGCUUAUAACAAUUUUCGCUUUGCAUAUCCAUGUGGUCUGCAGCGAUCUGUGGUUUAAGUUUUGGUUAAAAGGGUUCAAAUGUCAUUUAACAGUACUACAGCUAAAUAUUGUUCUUGUUCUGUUUCUAACUUACUGGCAGUUCACUUUUCACUUUUUAAUGCUACAAAUAAGGCUUUUUUCCUCCUAUUAGUAAAAGUUGCCACAGUGUGUCAGUAACUUCGAUCAGAAGCUCAGAGCUCAGAUUCAGAGGAAAGUACUUUGUAGCAAAUGUCUCUGUAUGCAGAGUGAACUACAUUACUUACACUUAUUUUCACAUUAAAAUAAACAUAUUUUUAUACAGCAUUACAUCCACGUGUCCAUCAACUUUAUAAACAUUUUGCAGUGAAUUUGUUUGUUUUGGGGGUCAGGAGAAGAACUGGAUCAAUAAGGUUAAAUACUUUUAUCCCGAAUAGAUCAAAGGUUUACAUGCAAUAUCAAAUAUGUACAUGCAUCCCUCCUAGUAUUUGGCUAGAUAUCUCUUAAGUUGUACCUUAACUACUUGUUUUAUUGCUUUAAUUAAACUUCUGGCAAAAAUCCUAUUGGAUGUUAAGCCUCAUUGAAAAACGUUGGUUCCUAACCCUGAACCCAUCUGCGCAGCGUAGACCAUAGAAACGUCUCAAUGUUUCAUUUGAAAACCAGUUUUGAUUACAAAUUCAGAUUAUUAUCCAGUUGGAACCUAAAUGGUUUUAAAGUUUCUAGCAGUUCUCCUUCCUUUAUUAUUCCACCAAAUCUGCACAAGGUUUCUUUGCAGAAUAGAACCGCCAUCCAGCAUGAUUCUGCCACUACUGUGCCGAUCACAUUGAACCCCAUCAUCUUAUCUUCUCAUCAGUGUUUGUCUUUGCCUGAUCAUAAAACUUUUCUACAGAAGAUAUUUGGCCUUCAAUGUGAGAUUAUGUAACUUCAGCAAAAGAGGAAUUUAUUUGAAAGCUUUUUAAAUGUUUGUCAAGUUAUUUAGUUAUUAAAUAACCAGUUUUAAAUUGUUAAAGAACAACUUAAAAUGAUACUUCCAGUGACUUUAAAAUGUGACAUAGAAAUGUCAAUAAAUUUGAGCUUAAAACAAAUGAACUCUUUGUCCUGAAGAUUGGAAUCCGGCCAUUUGGAGCAGAGUACAGAUCUUUUUCUGAGGAUGUUUUCUUACUUUUGCACCUGAGUGGGAGAGGAAUUUCAGCUAUUGCUCUGAAGCAUUCCUGCUCACACAAACACGACUCCCGGGGUGUUUUUAAAGCCUCCUCAGGCUGAAACCAGAACUCCCUUCUUCUAAUGACAGUUUUAAAUAUGACUUUAUGCAUUAGAGACUAGAGGGAACACAAUGGAAACGGUUUCUAAUAAAAUUAAAAACUAGUAAACAUGGACUUUACAACAUGUGGUAGUAAUACCUGCUGCUUUGGGUUUUUUUGGUGCCAGAACAUCUCAUGGGGAGAGAAAAAAAGACAAUAUGCAUGUACAGUAUGUGCAUCUAUUUGUACCCUUCUUAUUAAGAAUCCAUGAGUCCGCUUAGAGCCAAGGUCAUGAAGCCAAUAACAUUUAUUUCUCCAUUUCCUCUGAGAAGACAGGAAAGUGUCAGGAGGGAGAAGACUUGAGAUGAUAUGUAGCUUCCUUUCCUGGAAGAAUAAAAAACAGCGUCAAUUUGUGACCAUCAGUCUUAUCUUAGUGUGAAUAGUGAAGUGAACUGGAUGGAGGAGAGUGAUAUUAUUCUUAAUUUUAGGAAAAUAUCUAACAAAGCUAUUUUUUUAAUCUGAAAGAAGAGUGAAUUUCGCAGUAGUUCCUCUGUUUUUAGCUU